ACCCGGCGGGGCAGCUACGCGGGGUCCUCGCGCGCGUCCCACGUGGGUCGGAGCUGAGCGGCGGUCCCGGUUCGCUAGGUCCCGACUCGCCUGUCCGCCGGCAUGGCAGCCACCGACCGGGUGCUUCUCCACGUUCCCGAGCCCCGGGCCGCCGUCCCCAGGACGUUCUCCAGACCCCGUCCGGCCCUGGCUAGGCGGCAAGCAGAGGCCACCAAAAGAAGAUACCACGAGUCCAGCGAGGCUACCCCAGCGAAACGGAGGAGCGAAGCAUCCUGUCUCCCAGCCAAGAAAACUGCCGCUAAAGAGACUCAAGGGACUUUUCAGGGAAAGGCACUGAAAACGUUUUCUCCAAAGAAGUCUUCGGCUGGUGGGAGUAAUAGAAACCAAGAGCGGAAACCGGGCAUUAAGACUUCAUCCCUGUUUAAAAACAACCCUGAAAUUCCGGAACUCCACAGACCUGUGGUAAAGCAGGUGCAAGAAAAAGUGUUCACUUCAGAUGCCUUUCACAAACUGGACCUCCACCCACAUUUAAUUUCCACAAUAAAUUCAGUCUUAAAAAUGUCUAGUAUGACCAGCGUUCAGAAGCAAAGUAUCCCUGUGUUGCUGGAAGGCAGAGAUGCUCUUGUGAGAUCCCAGACGGGCUCAGGUAAAACUCUUGCCUACUGCAUCCCUGUGGUCCAGUCCCUUCAAGCAAUGGAGUCCAAAAUACAGCGUGCUGACGGCCCCUAUGCCCUGAUACUAGUGCCAACGAGAGAGCUGGCUCUGCAAAGCUUUGAGACUGUCCAGAAACUGCUUAAGCCAUUUACCUGGAUUGUGCCUGGAGUGUUAAUGGGAGGAGAGAAGAGAAAAUCAGAAAAAGCCAGACUCCGGAAAGGAAUAAAUAUCCUUAUCUCAACUCCUGGGCGGCUCGUGGAUCAUAUAAAAUCCACAAAGAACAUUCAUUUCAGUCGGAUACGGUGGCUGAUUCUGGACGAAGCAGACAGAAUCUUGGAUUUGGGUUUUGAAAAGGAUAUCACCGUGAUACUCAAUGCCGUAAAUGCCGAGUGCCAGGGACGACAGAACGUCUUGCUGUCGGCGACACUCACGGAAGGUGUCACGCGGCUAGCCGAUAUCAGCUUACACAACCCAGUCAGUAUUUCUGUCCCGGAUGAAAGCCAUGACCCAAAGAGCAGAGCGGUUCUUGAAGCUUCUGCCCCACGGACUGGCAGUGAACUGGACAGCUUUGCCAUCCCAGCGGGUCUCGAUCAGCACGUGACAGUGGUUCCCAGCAAACUGAGGCUUGUCUCCCUAGCAGCCUUCAUCCUGCAGAAAUGCAAGUUUGAGAGAGACCAGAAGAUGGUUGUCUUUUUCUUGAGUUGCGAGCUGGUGGAGUUCCACUACAACCUCUUCCUCCAGACCCUGCUGGGCGGCUCGGGGGCCCCUGCCCUGGGGCGGCUGCCAUCUGCCUCCAUGCAGUUCGGAUUCCUGCGGCUGCACGGGGACAUGGAGCAGGAGGAAAGAACGGCAGUGUUUCAAGAAUUCUCACGUUCCAAAACAGGCGUCCUUCUCUGCACGGAUGUUGCCGCUCGGGGCUUGGAUCUCCCUCAAGUCACGUGGAUUGUUCAGUACAACGCUCCGGCUUCACCUGCUGAAUACAUCCACCGGAUUGGGAGAACGGCCCGGAUUGGCUGCCGUGGGAGCAGCCUGCUCAUUUUGGCUCCUUCGGAGGCAGAAUAUGUCAACUCGUUGGCUUCUCACAAAAUCAACGUUUCUGAGAUAAAGAUGGAAGAUAUCCUGUCUGUUCUGACCAAGGAUGAUUGUUUUAAAAGGAGACGACGUGGAAACCAGAAAUCCCACGCCGUUGGCCCCCAGGAAAUCCGAGAGCGAGCCACAGUCUUGCAGACAGUAUUUGAAGAUUACGUGCACUCCAGCGAGAGGACGGUCUCCGGGGCCAAGAAAGCCCUGCAGUCCUUCAUCCGGGCCUAUGCAGCCUACCCCCGGGAGCUGAAGCACAUCUUCCACGUCCGCUUCCUCCACCUGGGGCACGUGGCUAAGAGCUUUGGGCUAAGAGAUGCCCCCAAAAAUCUUAGUGCCUUGUCUGUAAAGAAGAAGAAAGCAAACCUGAAGAGGCCCGACCUUCAGAGGAGGACCCAGAGCAGACACCGCCUCGCUGAAAUCUUGCUCUCAGAAUACUCAAGUGGGAUGGAGACCAGCGUCGCCAAGGUCAAAAAGCAAAGCGAAUGCGCGGGGCCGGGCAGCCAGCGCCCAGCCUCGGCCGUGGGAAAAAACGAAGCCCAAAAGCCUUACUGAGGGACUGCGAGACUUCCCAGGAAGUAUUUGUAAACUCUGCGUCCACAGGACGGGGCCUGAGUGGAUCCCGGAGCUGGCGUCCUGUUCUCGUCAGAGCGGCCUUGUGGGAACUAACGGUGUGGCCUUCCCCGCUGACUCGUCCCUGAGACUGAGAGCACAGCCCAGAGCAGGGCUAGGGGUCAGCACAGGCUGGAGUAGCUGAGCAGCCUGUCUUGUAUUUACUCCAUCAAGGCAAGACGCUCAUCGACACCCAGAGAUCACAUGGUGCCCCCAUGACUUAACGUGAAAACCUAGGGUCCUGCGAGCCAGCCAGGGAUUUGACCCUGCCUGUGACUAUGUUCUGUAAAGCAUCACAGUUUACUUUAACCUGCCCUCUCAAUACCUCUGUUGGCAUGAAAUAGGAUUUUUAAAACUAGAAUUGACUCUGUAAAGAAAGAGAAAAAACUCUUUAUCCGAUCAUUUUCUUGAUGUACAAAUGCUUUAUUAAAAAGGACCACAGGAGUGUUCGGUGCGGGUCAGAAGCGACUCCAGGGUGCCCUGCUUUCCGCCCGCAGGCUGUUCGGAGCCCCCUGUCACGUUCACACGCCUUGCGCUCUCCUUCUGGUCCAGGGAGAACACACUUUCUCAGGACAUUUGAUUUACUGUUGCUUUUUUAUUAUUUGCCUUCAAAGACCAGAGGCACCGGUGUCCUGAGUGUUUUCUCCCCUCGAAUCCCAUCUUGUCUUUGAAAAAGGUCUGGGGUCUGGCCUGUGGCCGGGCCGCAGCGGCCCCUCCCCAUUGUGUUUUCUGCGAGGUUUGAAAGAGGACCCCCGGGGCAUAUUGAUUUCCCAAUAAAUGUAAGAUUUGGACACGGGUAACUCCAGAGGGGUCCAAAGGAGAAGAGGGUAAAAGCCUGACCCUCUCCGUCCAUCCGUCUGUCUGUUCUUUUCUCUCCACUUUUCCUCCUGUUAUCCAUUUAAAAAUCCAGCCUCCUCCUCCUCUGAAGUUACUGGCACAGGGGUCGAGGCCCCGCUUCAGUAGGCCCUCCAGCUCCACACGAACUGAAGGGAGGGAGAGGAUCUCGAGAGUUACAAGGUGGGCUGUCUUCGGGGACCAUGGUGUGUGUCGGGGGGUCCUUCCCUCCAUCCCUGUCUGGUAGCCGCAGCCAGCCAUCAGAUGUAAGUGAACUUCAGCUGAGGAAUCGUGAGGUUUAGCGUGAGCCUGGAAGCACUGGUCCUCUGCAGGAGGGAAAAAGUGACCUCUCAGAGCUGGCUAUCACAUAGAAAUUAAUAGGGGCAGUUGAUGAAAUCUGUAACAAUAAUAAUAAAUAAACCUGUAGCACAUGUCAUACUGA